UAGGCCAAUAAUAAUAAAUAUAUAAGAUAUAUAGGUACGUGAGAGAGAGUCAGUGCAGCAACUGAGGACAAGCGUCUGAGUCGCUUCCGCUGUCUCGUCUUCUUCCUUUCUUCACCAAGUUCUAGGGUUUCUCUUCUCCCAAAUUUAGAUAUUUCUUCUUUUGAGUUUUGAAAGACAACUCCCAUGGCCAAAACUAGACCAGGCAAAAAGGACCUGGACUCCUAUACCAUCAAAGGAACCAACAAGGUCGUCAGAGCUGGUGAUUGUGUGUUGAUGCGCCCAUCUGAUACCGGUAAACCCCCGUACGUGGCGUGCGUUGAGAAGAUCGAGACGGAUAACCGGAACAACGUGAAAGUUCGGGUGAGGUGGUACUAUAGACCGGAGGAGUCAAUCGGGGGACGGAGGCAGUUUCAUGGAGCUAAGGAGCUAUUCUUAUCUGAUCACUAUGAUGUUCAGAGUGGCCACACUAUUGAAGGGAAAUGUACUGUUCACUCUUUUAAAAACUACACAAAGCUCGAAAAUGUAACUCCUGAGGAUUAUUACUGUCGAUUUGAGUACAAAGCUGCUACUGGGGGGUUCACACCCGAUCGAGUUGCUGUUUACUGCAAAUGUGAGAUGCCAUACAACCCUGACGACCUCAUGGUGCAAUGUGAAGGGUGCAAGGACUGGUACCAUCCUGCUUGUGUGGACAUGACUAUUGAAGAGGCAAAAAACUUGGAGCAGUUUGUGUGUUCCGAAUGCUCAUCCGAUGAUGAUGUUAAGAAGUCGCAGAAUGCAUUCACAGCAUCACCAGGAGUUGAUGCCAAGGUGGAGCCCAAGAGACGAAAGAGAUGACUGCCUUUGAAGAUAGCGUGGUUUGAGUAUGGUCAAACAAACAAAUCAUUCUUAAGCUUCAUCCCCCUUUUGAUUGUCAUUAUGAGUGUUGUACAGCUCCCGGAUUUUAUGGCAAAAUGUGGUUAAUUUGACUACAGGGUUGGAAAUGAUCAGUUUAGUUUAUAAAGAAUUCCUUUUAGAGUUAGGAGAUCGUUCUGUACCUUUAACAGUAGAAGAGUGGGUUUAACAUGUGAUCUUUGUGGUCACGUUUAACCUCAUGGUUUCGAGUAGGAUUCAUUGUGGGUCAGCUUAUUAUUGAAAUACUAAUUUAAAUUUAACCUUUCUUUCUACUGCCC